AUUCUGCUUCUUCAUCUUACGCGCUCACCUUAAUCCUCUCUCCGCCGCAUCCUCAGUCCACACCUUCAAAUUUCUUAAUCCCAAAGACAUUUUGCCGACAUUGUCUUUAUCUAUAUAUAUAUACGCAAAUUUUCUCCAGUUUCCAUAUCCACUCUCCAUUCAAUUUCAUUCUUCCAUCUGAUCAUGAAGCGAUUCAGACUUGAAUCUUCAAUUCACCCAUUACAAAUGGCCGAUUCCUCGAUUUCUUCCUCCGUGCCGGAGUUUCGCCCCCGAGUUUUUGCCUGCAAAACUUGUAAUCGUGAAUUUUCCUCGUUUCAAGCUCUCGGUGGCCACAGAGCUUCGCAUCGGAAGCCGAAAUUGUCGCCGUCGUCCGGUGAUGUUUUUCAUAAUAAUCAGAUUAAGACAAAGGUUCAUGAGUGCUCUAUUUGUGGAGUUGAGUUUCCUGUUGGACAGGCUCUUGGCGGUCACAUGCGACGGCAUCGGAAUUCUUCUCCCCCGCCUGUUGAUGAUCGUCCGGCGAUUGCUCAGCCCGUGUCCGAUGACUCCGAUUCCGAUGCCAGUUUUGGAGGAGGUGUUGGAUUGGAUUUGAAUCUCACGCCGUUGGAGAAUGAUCUCGUUCGCUUGCAGUUGAUGGCUCCGCCGGUCGGUUGCUUGACAUAAUUUUUCUAAUUUUUUUUGUAUAAAAUAUUUAAUUUCUCUACGAUAAUGAUGAUGACUAUACACAGAGACUUCAUUUUUUUUGUUUGUUUGUUUUAAAUCAGACUUCAUUUUUUUCUCUUGCAA